AUGGCUACGGUUACGAUCUCGGAUGUGUGGAAGUAUUACGGCAAGACCGUUGCCGUGAAAGAGCUCAAUCUCGAGAUCAGGAACAACGAGUUCAUGUGCAUUCUCGGGCCCUCGGGCUGCGGAAAGUCGUCGACGCUUCGCAUGCUCGCCGGGCUUGAGUUCAUCUCCUCCGGCGAGAUUUACUUCGACGACGUGCGGGUGAACGACCUGCCGCCGCGCGACCGCGACAUCGCCAUGGUGUUCGAGAACUACGCGCUCUACCCCCACAAGACCGUCUACGAGAACAUGGCAACCCGCUGA